GCGAUGAGCGAGAAGAGCAAGGAUCAACUGUGUAGAGGCAGUGUGAGCGAUUCCUACAUGGCGCAGCAAUCCGACAGUUACAAGAGUUGGUAUGCCGCAGGCGCCGUGGUGUUACUGGCAGCCGUUUACACGUGGCUACUGCACGAGUUCGGCUGGUUUACUUGCGUCCUGUUGGCGCCAACGCCCGACGAAAUAACGUGGAGCAACAGCAACUGGCAGGAGAUUGAGGAGGGUUCCUUGUUCAUUCUAAGCGCCUACGAAGAUCGAAGAUUUCAGCCUCACUACGUCCGCAUUAUGGGCAUGGAAUCGCUGGGCCCAGCACAACAAACAAAAGAUCAACCUGUCAACGUUUCGGCUAUAGAGGAACAUGAAUUGACGUGCGUGCUGUGGUACGACAAUGGCAAACGCGACGUGGUCGCUGCAGAGAGACGCACGAUGCAUAAACAAAGAACAAUCUAUGAUGGCAGCAUCACGUAUAUGGCGUACCUCUACUCCUGUCCGAUACCAGCCGCACGAGAAACACCACCUUCACGCGUUUCGCUAACCUUUGAUGUCUGCGAGCGAAUAACAAACGUCGUUAACGUGACGUCAUACGGUCCAUCUAAGAAGCUGCACGACCCUGAUCAAGAACGAGAUAGCGCAGCAGGAAGAACCGCGCCACCUAGUGACAAAAUUGCGUUGUGCCUCAAACCGUUGAAUUUCCCAACAAAGGACAUAGCGCUGCGUCUGGCGGAAUGGAUUGAGAUACAGCGGCUUCAGGGUGUAGAUGUUAUAUUCACCUACGUGUAUGACGUCACCGACACGGCUAUGGUGGUCCUGCGACAAUACCAGCAGCGAAACAUUGUCGAUUUUGUGAUUGCCAUGCUUCCCGAUCGUCUGCCAGGCAACGGAAAGGCGCGAGAGAAAUUUCUGCGCCGAACGUCUAUGCAAUUGCAACUCACCGAGAAGGUUGUACUCAACGACUGCUUCUACCGCCACCUGGCGUACGAUUACGUCAGCGUCAUUGACCUCGAUGAAGUCAUCGUCCCGCGGCAACACCACACGUUGACCGAGAUGCUCGACAACCUGCGUGACGUCACCGUGACCGUGCCAAAGAAUGCAGGUGUUGCCGACGGUGGGGGAGAAUCUCAGCUUGCUCCACCGUGCGCCUCGUAUUGCUUUCGUCAGAGUAUGUUCCUCGAUGAGUUCCACCAGCAGGACCACGACGACAUUCCCGAAUACCUUCACGUCAUGCAGCACACCAACCGCUCCAUGUACGUGCUAACGAAAAAUGAGCUCUCUGUGAAAUCUCUCUGCAGCACUAGAGGUGUAAUUGUACUCGGUAACCACGGCCCCUACCAAGUGGCAACAGGCUACAAGGACAGGUGCUACGUUAACCGCAAGAUGGCGCUCCUACAUCACUACAGAAACAGCUGCAAUAUCAUCCACAAUAUCCAGAGGUCAAGCGAGUGCAAUAAAACAAAGUCCGACACCAUACAGGAGGACAAUAUGAUAUGGAAGUAUCUUGACCCCGUGCGUCAGAGAGUAGAGCAGAUGGCGUUCGACUGUUGGCAAAGCAGGGAAAAUAGCGCCUAGCUAUGGCGAGCUCUGAAAUUGCGCCCUUGUCCAAACAUCUGUGCUAAGUGUA